AUGCGCUCGUGCUACCCCGAGUUCGUCGUCAAGAAAAAGCAUAUAGGCGCUGGCCUCGUUGAGGGAGAUGUCGGAACCACUGCACCCGACUAUCCCGACCUUGAAGAUGAGUCGGAUUUGGCCGCUGAGGUGGAAGCUUUUCUGGCGGAACACAACGUCAGUGCUGGCUCCAAUGAGGGUGACCUCGAUGAGGAGGACUUUGUGGCUAUGGCGGCUUUGUGCAAAGAGUUCUUGUCUCCACUCUCCCUGCUCCGACAACGACAAGCAGCACGUAUGCCUCAGGCAGGCAUGUCCGUUCCGGAGGAGAUUGCCGAGACCAACCAUUUUCGUUUUGGCAAUGGUGAAAAGGAGACCACGACCUCAGCCGUGAUCGACUUUGGCAACAGCCGAUUGACCCUAUUCAAUGAACAGGUGAGUGUGCCCCUGAAGGUGAAUGAAGCCGGACAAUAUGCCGUGAAUGUUAUUGGAGAACGCCAGGCCUCCGACAAGGCUCUUGCAUUGGCACGUCAGCUCAGUUGCCACUAUCCCUCCACACAUCCAGUGUUGACCAAGUCUCCCAUUGUUGCUGACACCGAACUUCCAGCGCCAGCUGACCAUCAGCCACCGACACCAGUCCAGACCUCCAACCUGGAGGCAGCUCCUCCGACCAACGAGCCGACCGGUGACUCAGCCAUCGCUCCUGAACCCAUGGAGGUGGUGCCACCAGAUGGCCAUUCCAACAGUAUUCCAGAGAUUGAGUCAGGAAAUCCUCCAGGCAAUGCAGACAACGAACCAAGUUUUCCUCGAUUUUCUCUGGGUGGCUCCAGUUCCAGCAAAGGUGAAAGUCCAGCGCCUCAAGGAUAUGGGCCCAUCCGGCGUCGAGUACCAUCCAAAGCCGGUGGAGCAGCCUUGUACAGGCCUCCCGCUAUGCGAGAGGAAGAUUUUACUGAGAUGAUGCGAGAAGUUGAGAAGCGUCAGCUUUCCAACCUUCUUCAGAAGGCCCAGAAGGAAGGUAUGCCAGAUGAGUUGCUACCUCUCGCAUCGGCCACAGCUCAGGGUACCAGUCCUCGACAUUCCGAUGAUGGAUUUUCUUUGAUCGCCGGCUUGGGCUCUAUGUCAGACGCCUCCAAGCGCAGAGAUUUGGAUUUUCCUGAGAGCAAGAAUUCCAAGCGUCUGUAUAAGCAGACAGUUCCCUCAGCAGCCCCUUCUGGCUCUCCCAUUCAGUAUGAAGGCGACAUUCCGGGAUACGAGGGUGGAUACUAUGUAGCUCCAGGAGUGAAGCCUUCUCCUUUCCCUGCGGGUUGUCAGAUUCCAAGUGUUGAGGUGCCUCAAACUCCUCUACCAGAAGGAGUGCAGAGCCUCAGCCAAUGGGGACGCACCUUGAUGUCUUUCGGUCAGUACAAGGAUUCUGGCCUGUCGUAUUUUGAUGUGAUUUCCAGUACAGAAGAAAAGAAAGUGAAAUACGUUCGCUGGUGCAAGAGCCGAAGCUCUUCAGCCGGAGGCUUUCUGAAGGAUUUUUGUGAAUACAUCCAGCUGUAUGAAGUCAGCACCGGUGGCGUCCAAGGCCCAUGCAUUCCUGGGACGGAUCAUGUCCGCCACUUUAAAUCUUAA